AUGUCUGAAAUAAAAAGUAAUAUAAUUUUUUCAAAUGAUAAGAAGAGAGUACUUUUAACUAUUAACAAAAAUCAUCAUAUUGCUAUUGCAGGAUGUAGUAAUAUAGCAUGUUUAUAUGGAGAAGUUUUUAUUCAUGGUUUUCGUAUAAAUUCGAAAAAUUCAAGUACUCAAAAGACAUAUCCAAUUGCAUCAUACUCUACAUCUGUUUUUCAUACAAUUAUUGUAAAUAGAGGUAGUGAAUUUGAGAAUGAAGAAGAUAUUGAUCAAGUAAAGGAAUCUCUAUUGCCUUAUUUUCCUGAUAUUAAAGAAAAAUUGUCAUUUCAUACAAAAUUUACAGCACUAGUUUAUUUACUAGAUAAGUCAGAUUCAACAAUAAAAUUAUUGCGCCAUUUUUAUCCACAGAUUAUGAGCAAUUUUCAACAAAAUAUAUCAAUGAAAAUUUUUAAUAAUGUUUAUCUACUAGAAAAUGAGCAUCAUGCCCCAACUUCCUUAAUUUAUAGUUUACAAAUUGAAAAAGAUAUUUUAACACGUAUAAAUGAGGAUGAUCCUACAAAUGAAUUGUUUACUGUUAUUUCAAUAGGUGGUAAAAAUUCUGGAAAAUCAACUGUUAAUAGAUUUAUAGCUAAUGCCGUUCUUUCAAAAAAUAAACAUAAAAUUUUGUGGCUUGAUUUAGAUAUUGGACAACCAGAAUUUACCAUUCCUGGUUUUAUGUCUUUAAUUGAAAUUAAAGAACCAAUUUUAACUCCUCCACCAUUUCACAUGAAAACUGAAGGUGGUAAAAUUUUAUUUGUUGGAAAAUAUGAAAUUGAUUCUUUACAUCGAAGAUAUAUAACAAUUCUUCAAGAUUUGUAUAGAAAAAUAAAAACUUCUUACAUAACAAAAGAUAGUAAAUGUAUUUUGAUUGUAAAUACAAUGGGAUAUAUAAAAGAUAAAGGAAAAGAAUUAAUGGAUGAAAUAAUAGGAAUUAUUUCACCUCAAUUAUAUAUUUUAUGUACUGGAAAUGAAAAUUUUGAGUAUACUAAUAUUUAUAUAAAUAAAAAAAAUACGGUUAUGAUUGAAGCAAAUGCUAAUAAAUUUGUUAAUAUGAAUCAAUUUAAUUUAAAUAAAUCAAGAAUAAUUGAUAAUGGUAGAGUGGCAAGAAGAUUACGUGUCAUUGGUUAUUUUUCUACACUUUUUAAAACAUUUCCACUAGUACCAUACUCUCCAAAUCCAGCUAGGUGGCCAGUUUAUGUUGUAAAGAUGAAUAAAUUUUUUAUUUAUAAUGAACCAGAUUUACCUUUACUUGAAGAAUGUAGAUUAAAAGAAACAUUAGAAGUAACUAUGGUAGCAUUGUGUAGUUUUAAUGAAAAUAAUGAUAGUGGAUUUAAUCAAAUAAAUUUUGAAGAACCUGAUUUACCUAUACCUAUUGCUAUUCGUUUUAAGGGGGUGGCUAUGAAAUUAAGUUAUCGUCUCACAAAUUUAGAUACUUAUGGAGUAGGUAUUAUAACAAAUGUUGAUAUGGUAAAUAAAACAUUUUCAAUUUGUACUCCUGUUGAAAAAGAUAUUUUAAAAAACAAAGUUCAAAUUUUAGCACGAGGUCGUGGAUUACAUGUUCCUCCUGUUUUUUUAAAUUGCCAAGUUAAUGAUAGUUAUGAUGGAUAUAGAUCUUUGAAAUCUAUAAACAAAGAAUGGCUAGUAUGUAAUCAAACAACAGCUAGAGGUCAUGAUAGUAUGAUUAAAUUUAAAAGCAACAAAGAUGAUAGUAAAUCAAAGAAACAAAAGAUUGAUGAAAAAUCAUUAAUCAUUAUCGAUGGAGAAAAUAAGAGUUAA